AUGGCCGAUGACGAGAUGCCUCCCCCGGAGGUGAAGCAUUAUAAAAACCGUGCGGAGGUACCUUGGGAUAUUCAGAAUUACUGGGCCCAGCGCUAUAAUAUUUUUUCUCAAUACGACGAUGGUGUCUGGCUAACAGACGAGGCUUGGUUUGGGGUCACUCCUGAACCUGUUGCGAAUAAAAUAGCAGAGCAUAUGAAAAGCGCAAGCCCUCAAAAGAAGAGCAUUUUGAUAGACGCCUUCGCCGGCGCCGGGGGUAAUUCGAUCGCAUUUGCGCGCUCUAACAGGUGGAGGCGAGUUUACGCAAUUGAGAAAGACCCUGCGGUUCUUCAGUGCGCAAAGCAUAACGCAGAGAUCUAUGGGGUGGCAGACCAAAUCACCUGGUUCCAGGGCGACUGCUUCGACAUCUUGAAGAACAACCUUAAAGAACUGGCACCAUAUAGCGUGGUCUUUGCCAGCCCACCUUGGGGCGGGCCUGGAUACCGCUCCGAUGAAAUCUUUAACCUUUCUACCAUGGAACCCUACUCAUUGGAAUUUAUUUAUUCGAGAUUUUCAGACUUUACGGCAGACAUGGCACUGUUCCUGCCGAGAAGUUCCGACUUGAGACAGCUGGCAGCUUGCGUAAAGGAUGGGAAUAGAGUUAUGACAAUGCAUUAUUGUAUGGAUGGGGCGAGCAAAGCACUUUGUAUCUAUUAUGGCGACUUCAAGUUCGAAGAACAAUAA